GAUCGAACCCAGGUCUCCCGCAUUGCGGGCAGAUUCUUUACCAGGUGAGCCACCGGGGAAGCAGGCCUUGUAGAAUUGCUCAUUAAAGAGUCAAUGAAGUGGUGUUUACAGCCGUAGCACUGCCUGCAAAGGAGGAGCUCAGAAAGGCUCCUUUCCCUGACUGCCUGGAUGUUUGAUUCAGUCACCAAGGUGGGAAAUCCUCAGGGCUGUGUAAUUCCUGCUUUAGACCACGGUGUUCUACUUAACUGGCUCGAGCCUGGCCUGCAGAGGCGGGGCGGGGCAGGAGGGGGUUCGGUCGGAGCCUGUUGGGAAGGGCCAAGCAAGCUCUGCUGGAGGCUAGAUCCCCUGGCUGGUCUGGUGUCAGGAGGACGUGGCGCCUGGCCUGGGCAUGUGCCCUGGGUAAGGUGCGCAGGGCACCCUGAAGCUCAGCCACGGUGGAGAGGCCGCUCUUGGCCCCGGGGGUAAAAGACCACUCCACUGGAGGGGGCCAGGCUCAAAGGCUCCCCCGCCCAAGCUUCCUAGUGCAGAUUUGGGGCCAAAAUCCACCUAGGGUCGUGGGGCCACCUCAGCUUCUCUCACAGGAGACCCUCAUCUGGAGCUGGUUCAGCCGCUCUGGGCCGUUGUCUGUGAGAGGCCUUCAGGUCUCCCCGAGUUUCUGUUUCUGCCUCGGGUGUGUUUGAUCGUUCAGAGUGACAGGUUGUGCCAGAAGCCUCGCUGUUCUUUGCGUGUCUUUCGUCUCAGCAGUUGGCGGCGUGGCAGCAGCGUGACGCUGCCUCAGUGCGGUGUCUGAGCCCUUUCCUGAGAGCGGAGUGAGGUGGGGUGCUGGCGGCCCAAGGCACGAUGAAGACCGUGCUCAUGGUGGCUGAGAAGCCGUCCUUGGCCCAGUCCAUCGCCAGGAUCCUCUCUCGAGGCAGCAUGUCCUCGCGCAAAGGGCUGAACGGGACCUGCUCGGUGUACGAGUACCCCGGGACCUUCGCGGGCCAGCCCGUCCGCUUCAAGAUGACGUCCGUCUGCGGCCACGUGAUGACCCUGGACUUCCUGGGAAAGUACAACAAGUGGGACAAGGUGGACCCCGCUGAGCUGUUCAGCCAGGCCCCAACAGAGAAGAAGGAGGCCAACCCCAAGCUGAACAUGGUGAAGUUCCUGCAGGUGGAGGGCAGGGGCUGUGACUGCAUCGUGCUGUGGCUGGACUGCGACAAGGAGGGCGAGAAUAUCUGCUUCGAGGUGAGGGCUGGGGGUCCGCGGGCCGCCACACUGGGGGCCAGGGCCCCAAGGGGUGGAGGUCCAUGCGGCCGCCGGCUCUGCCCAGGCCGGGAGCGUCCCGUCGUCUGGUGGGAAGCUUGUGAGGAAGUGCUGGGGCAGGAUUUCUCCGGCACNAACGAGGCGCUCUCGGUGGACGCGCGGCAGGAGCUGGACCUCCGCAUCGGCUGCGCCUUCACGAGGUUCCAGACUAAGUACUUCCAGGGGAAAUACGGCAACCUGGACAGCUCGCUCAUCUCCUUCGGGCCGUGCCAGACCCCCACGCUGGGGUUCUGUGUGGAGCGGCAUGACAAGAUCCAAUCCUUUAAACCGGAGACCUACUGGGUGCUGCAGGCCAAGGUCUCCCAGAGGGCAGACGAGAGUCAGACCCUCGGCGGCUCCUCGCGCGCCCGCCCAAGCACCUGCCCACCCGCCCUGACCCCGGCCCGUCCCCAGGUGGAGGCCACGAGCAGGAAGGAGAAGGCCAAGCAGCGGCCACUCGCCCUGAACACCGUGGAGAUGCUGCGUGUGGCCAGCUCUGCCCUGGGAAUGGGCCCACAGCACGCCAUGCAGACCGCCGAGCGGCUCUACACGCAGGGCUACAUCAGCUACCCGCGCACCGAGACCACCCACUACCCCGAGAGCUUCGACCUGAAGGGGCCUCUGCGGCAGCAGGCCAACCACCCCUACUGGGCUGACACGGUGAAGCGGCUCUUAGCAGCAGGCAUCAACCGCCCACGGAAAGGCCACGACGCUGGUGACCAUCCCCCCAUCACCCCCAUGAAGGCUGCCACGGAGGCCGAGUUAGGGGGUGAGGCCUGGCGCCUCUAUGAGUACAUCACCAGGCACUUCAUCGCCACCGUCAGCCACGACUGCAGGUACCUGCAGAGCAGCGUCUCCUUCCGGAUUGGGCCCGAGCGCUUCACCUGCACGGGCAAGACCGUCAUCUCCCCAGGCUUCACGGAGAUCAUGCCCUGGCAGAGCGUGCCCCUGGAGGAGAGCCUGCCCACCUGCCAGAAGGGCGACACCCUGGCUGUGGCCGAGGUCAAGCUGCUGGAGAAGCAGACCAGCCCGCCGGACUACCUGACGGAGGCCGAGCUUAUCACCCUCAUGGAGAAGCACGGCAUCGGGACGGACGCCAGCAUCCCUGUCCACAUCAACAACAUCUGCCAGCGCAACUACGUGGUCGUGGAGAGCGGGCGCCGGCUCAAGCCCACCAAUCUCGGCAUCGUCCUGGUGCAUGGCUACUACAAGAUCGACGCCGAGCUGGUGCUGCCCACCAUCCGCAGCGCCGUGGAGAAGCAGCUGAACCUGAUCGCCCAGGGCAGAGCCGACUUCCGCCAGGUCCUGGGUCACACCCUGGACGUCUUCAAGAGGAAGUUCCACUAUUUCGUGGACUCCAUCGCGGGCAUGGAUGAGCUGAUGGAGGUGUCCUUCUCGCCCCUGGCGGCCACGGGCAAGCCCCUCUCCCGCUGUGGGAAGUGCCACCGCUUCAUGAAGUACAUCCAGGCCAAGCCGAGCCGCCUGCACUGCUCGCACUGCGACGAGACCCACACGCUGCCCCAGAACGGGACCAUCAAGCUCUACAAGGAGCUGCGGUGCCCGCUGGACGACUUCGAGCUGGUCCUGUGGUCGUCCGGCUCGAGGGGCAAGAGCUACCCGCUGUGCCCCUACUGCUCCAACCACCCGCCCUUCCGGGACAUGAAGAAGGGCACGGGCUGCAACGAGUGCACGCACCCCAGCUGCCAGCACUCGCUCAGCAUGCUGGGCAUCGGCCAGUGCGUGGAGUGCGAGAGCGGCGUGCUGGUGCUCGACCCCACCUCUGGCCCCAAGUGGCGCGUGGCCUGCAACAGGUGCAACGUGGUGGCCCACUGCUUUGAGAACGCCCACCGCGUGCGCGUGUCCGCCGAGACGUGUGCCUCCUGCGAGGCCGCCCUGCUGGACGUGGACUUCAACAAAGCCAAGUCCCCGCUGCCGGGCGACGGCACGCAGCAUACGGGCUGCCAUACGGGCUGCGUCUUCUGCGACCCAGUCUUCCAGGAGCUGGUGGAGCUGAAGCACGCAGCUUCCUGCCACCCCAUGCACCGCGGGCCUGGGCGGAGGCAAGGCCGGGGCCGGGGCCGGGGCCGGAGGCCGGCGGGGAAGCCGGGCCCCCGGCGGCCCAAGGACAAGAUGUCAGCCCUGGCUGCCUACUUUGUGUGACGGCCGGCAGGCCACGGAAAUCAUUAAAUGUGGUGUCUCUGCAGAGCCAGGGGCUCCCCAGCCUUACCUGCUGUCGGAGGGCUGUGCCCAUCCCCUUGCCUCUCCCUCGUCCUGCACACGCCCCCGAGUGCCUGCCCUGCCCGAGUCCUGCAGGGGGGCCGCUGCACAGAACCAGGAGCAGGCC